AUGUUAACCGGAGCUUAUAGAGGUGUGAUAAGGAGACAAUUUGCCAUCUCGAAUAUGAUGAGAAGGCCAGGUUCCCAAUUUAACAAGUAUUUGAGGGUAGGCAGGAGUAUAUCCAACUCAAGGUUAGGUUUAAGUCAAGAACAACAACAGCUUCAACAACUCCAAUUACAGAAAAAUCAAAGAAUUCAGAAAUGGGUAUUAUCAUUACUUGGUUUUGGUGCUUUAUCAUUUUACGUUUGGUAUGUCUAUUGGCCACACAAUACAUUCCCAAAAUCAGUGGCUUCGAUAUUGAGAAAGGGAUUAUGGGAAGAGAGCGAUAAAGAGAAUUUUAAUUAUGGGAAAGCAAUUAAAUAUUAUAUUGAGGCUAUUGAAGAAGCAAAUAAAAAGGGAUUGGAUCCGCUAAGUGAUGAAUACACAGGUAUUGAAUUGAAAAUAGCAGAAAUGUACGAAAAAUUGGCUAUGUACGAUGAAGCUAAUACACUUUACAAUGAAUUAUUAUAUCGUUAUUAUGAAGCCUUGAGCGAACCUGGGAAGGUCCCUGUGGAUAAGAGACCAGAUAUGGUUAGGAGAGACUUGCGAGUCUUAAUUAAAUCGUUAGAAACUAAUAAGGACUUAGUUAUAGGUAAAAGGAAUUUGUUAGCUCAUUUGUUAUUAGCUCAAGAAGAAAUUUUAACAAGAUCGCAGGAAUUAAAGAAAUUCUUUGAGAAGAGACAAGAAAGGAUUAAAUUGGCCUCACAAGGCAAGGUUUUAGAAGAUAAGGUAUUCAAACCAGUUGUCAAUACUGACAACAUCAAACUGAAUGAUGAGGGCUACAUGAUUUUGGAUCUGCAGAAAAAUAGCAGUGCGUGGGAACCAUUCAAAGAGGAAUACUUUACAGCAAGAGAUUUGUAUACAGCAUAUUGUUUAUCUUCUAAAGAUUUAUCAGCUGCAUUGAGCUGCAAAAUGACGACUGUCGAGUGGAUGGUAAUGGCUGACAUGCCGCCAGGGCAAAUUCUAUUGUCACAAGCAAACUUAGGUUCAUUGUUAUAUUUGCAAUCUGAGAAAUAUGAAGCUGACAUUUACAAUAUAAACGAAAAAAUCAAAACAGACAAACAAUUAGAGAAUGAUAAGCCUGUAAUCAGCGCUUUAAGAACUUUAAAUAAAAGUAGGGAUACGUGUUUAAAGAUGGCUACAGAAUGUUAUGACAGUGUUGUACAAUUUGCUAAGAAAAAUAAUAAAUUGAGGUUCAAAGCUUCUGAGCAACUUGAUCCAUCAGCAUCCCAAGCGAUUGCAUUAUCAACAUACGGUCUUGGAGUGUUGAAUUUGCAUUCAGGUGCUUUGGCUAAAGCAGAAAGACUAUUGAAAGAUUCUGUUGGGAUGGCAAAAGAGAUAGACUUCUUUGAAUUAAUCAAAGAGGCAGACGGCGAAUUAGAGAAAGUUUAUAAGGCUAAACAGAAGAUUACCCAGGAAAAUAAUUAA